AAAAAAAAAAACACAAAUCCCCACAAGAUUCCAAACUCACGUGAGUAUUUAACUAUAUAAUUCCAGAUUUGGGCAAAAACUUUAAUAUCUUAAUUAAUGACGCAACAUUAAUCAACCAAAAAAAAAACGUAAAAAAAUGCAUCAGUAAAUUCCAAUCUACCGGCCCAUAUGAUCUUCUUCUCUUUCAAUCAUCCCAAAUAUUUCCGGCAAAAAUCCUCUGCAAUCAAAGAUAGAGAAAUUUUAGAGAGAGAAAACAGUAUAAAGAAGACGAAGAGAAGAGAGAAAGAGGUGUGUGUGUGUUUUUUAGAGAGAGAAAAACAUGGGUGUGGAUUACUAUAAGGUUCUUCAAGUUGAUAGAAACGCUAAAGAUGAUGAUCUGAAGAAAGCUUACCGAAAACUUGCUAUGAAAUGGCAUCCAGACAAAAACCCUAAUUCCAAGAAAGAAGCUGAAGCUAAAUUCAAACAAAUCUCCGAAGCUUAUGAUGUUUUGAGCGAUCCUCAGAAGAGAGCAGUGUAUGAUCAAUAUGGGGAGGAGGGUUUGAAGGGGCAAGUGCCACCACCAGGAUCUGGUGGAUUUCCUGGUGGUUCUGAUGGUGGAGGUGGAUUUACAUCGUUCCGAUUUAAUACACGGAGCCCGGACGAUAUAUUCUCGGAGUUUUUCGGGUUUUCGAGCCCGUUUGGAAUGGGAGAUAUUGGGGGAUCUCGUGGGGGUAUGGGGGGUUCAUCUGCAUUUGGAAGAGGGGGUAUGUUUGGGGAAGAUAUUUUCUCUCAGUUUAAUCGAGGAGCCGGUGGCGGAGCUGAAGCCUCCUCUAUGCCCCGGAAGGCGGCUGCGAUUGAGCGUACAUUACAGUGUAGCUUGGAGGAUUUGUAUAAGGGUACUACCAAGAAGAUGAAGAUUUCUAGGGAUGUUGUCGAAUCAUCCGGGAGGCCAUCCACAACGGAGGAGAUACUCACCAUUGAGAUCAAACCAGGUUGGAAGAAGGGUACAAAAAUCACUUUUCCAGAAAAGGGGAACGAGCAGCGUGGUGUUAUACCCUCAGAUCUGGUGUUUAUCAUUGAUGAAAAGCCUCACAGCGUAUUUAAGAGGGAUGGUAAUGAUCUUGUUGUAACUCAGAAAAUCUCUCUCGUUGAGGCCCUAACUGGUUAUACUGCACAAAUAACAACACUGGAUGGACGUACUCUAACAGUACCCGUCAACUCUGUUAUCAACCCUUCAUAUGAAGAGGUAGUUAAAGGAGAGGGAAUGCCUAUCCCCAAGGAACCUUCGAGAAAAGGUAACUUGAGAAUAAAAUUUAACAUCAAGUUCCCAACAAGGCUUACUUCAGAGCAGAAGACGGGUAUCAAGCGGUUGUUAUCUUCAUGAAUGGUUGUCAUGGCUUUAACUUUGUGUAUGCCUCAUUUCAUCUUGCCGUUUUGUUUUGCAAAGAAUUUGCACAUUCCUGAGUUGGACAACUUUUGGAAUUUUAAUUGUUGAUGUGAAUGUUUUUACUAUAGUUCAGCCUCAUGACCGUUGUUCAUGUCACAUAUCUCUGUAUUACAUGUGUGGCUUGUGUUUGACGGCCAGUUUGGUCUCUGCUCAUGGAUAUUUUAAUAUCUAAGAUGAGGAUCUGAAAUGUCUUUGGCAAACAUGCUAAUUGUGCAACACAGCAGGGGCAUUAGCAAAGGAAAUUUCUUCAAGUAAACUCUGUAAGUUAGAGUUGAUGUAUGCUCAAACAUACUAUUGUUGCAAAUCCUGAAAUUGUAUGGUUUGCACCCUUGCACUAGUUAUUGAAGUGCGUAGUGAUGCUGCUUAUACUGGUGCUACAUAAUGCAUAUUUAUUUAGGCUUA